ACGUAGUAGGCUGUGAAGUUUAUUUCGUUGUGGAAGUCUUGUCGACCUUAGACUUUCCUCAUUCCUUUUCUAGAGCUCAACGAUUCAAAGUCAAAAACCAGGUUUCCGUAAUUCUUAUAAAUAAUUUUAUUAGUGUACAAAUUUUUGUAAACAAUGUCAUCCUGUGGAGCUCGUCCGAAGAGACCCUUGACUGCCUACUUGUUGUGGUUGAACUCUUACGGGCGCGAACUCAUCAAAUCGGAGCACCCCGAGUUCAAGGUCAAGGAGGUGGCUGUCCGGGCCGGUGAAUUGUGGCGCAGCAUGGCCGCUGAAGAUAAGUCCGUGUGGCAGGAGUCUGCGUCCGUGGCAAUGGCGAAAUACAAGGAGGACGUGGAGCAGUGGAAGUUCCAGGUGGAACUGCAGAUGCAUGACGUUCCAGCCCCUUCGCCCUCAAAAUUCCCGAACUCUUCAGACCCGGAAACCCUCUUUGUGUACGACAGCAGGGAUAAAACUUUUUCUCCGAUCUGCAGGGAUUGUUACUUAAAGUCGCCGGGUUCUAACUAUAGGUCGUCCUCCUAAUACUCUUCUAAAUUAUUGCGUUGGUUCGUCUCGCCUCAAAAUGAGAAAUUCUUACAACCGGGAAUUUAAAUUAAAUUAAAUAAAAAUAAAUUUAAUUUAGAUUUGACUUCAAAGAGAAACGAAAUAUUUUUUUACUGGUCUUGCAUAAGUGAUUUUAUGCCAAAAGUGUUGCUUUACACUAUACAUAAAUACGGUCAUCGAUGUUCAGUCAGUCGAACCGUAGUGCAGAGCAGGUCGGAUUCAUUUGAUCAGUGUCUUUCCGGUGCUCCCGACGUCCCAAAGAAAUGAAGUCGAUCACUUUAUUUUUAACUUUGUCGGUUUUGCUGUCGGCAAAGCUGAGCCUCACCGAGGCAGCCUCACCGAGGGACUAUUACCAGAUUCUCCAGCCCGUCGUCGCUCACUUCAAAGAGUUCAAGCAGAAGGCCGACCAAAACCACAACCUGAAUUGGAAAAUAGCUGACUUGCAAGAGAACAUUAAACUUCUAAAAAGUGAGCUAGCAGCGGCUGAUGCCCAAAUCACAGUGAAAAGAGACAUCAUAAGUGUACAGGAUGAAAAAAUCCGCAACUUGCUGCAAAGCAAAACCGUGAAUUUGUUACACGAAAAUAUUAAGAACUUGCAGGAUGCGCUAAAAAUGGCCCAAGGUGAAAUUGUAAGCCAAAGUGUAUUGUUAAACAACCAAUUUGAGAAAAGCACGGCGGAAAAGGAGCUGCUAAAAAACCAAAUCGCGGGUCUAAGUGAGCAACUGCAGAACUUGAACCGUGAGUGGGAAGUCGCUAAAGGUGUCAUCAAAACGAACCAGGAGGCCAUCACGUCAAAAAACGAGCAAAUCCAGAGUCUAAGUGCACUGCUCAAAAUCAAAGACAGUCGCAUUGACGAGUUAAAGGCUCAGAUUUUGCUCAAGGACGACGAAAUCUCUAGCCAAAAGGCGAGGCUAGAGCGCAUACAAGAUUUUCUUGCUGGAGUAAAUCUGGAGUAAUCUGAUUUUGAGUGUUGUAACCAUAACGCUUGCGUAACCAGAUUAUCACUUGGAAGCGACUGAAGACAUCGGUUUGAAAAAUACUUGGGCUUCCCUAGCCGCGUUAAAGUGCAUACCCAAUAAAUCCAAUAAUUUUAUAAAGUUAAUCGAUUACCUCAGACAAAAUAUGAAUUGUAAAAUUUCCAAAAAAAUGCCUGUAUCAAGGUUUUUAAUAAACGCAUUUCGAAUAAAAGCAUA